AUGGAUCUCCCUCCGCCAGGCUCGCCAGUCGAAGACGAUCUCAAGCCAGACUUGCCAUAUGUUGUUGGCGCAAGGUUGAAAAUCCAACAAUGCCAGCCCCAUCGGCCGUUUGGGAUUUCCUUUCAGGAUCAAACGUCCCGCACCUACCAUUGGAAUCCCAUGUUGAAAUGGGAAACGGCAAGCGAAUUUUGCGUUCAGAAUCCACCUCUCGAGGGCCAACCCAUCGCCAAUCCAGAAAAGCGUACCAUCGUCAUCGACAGCAAGCUUGCAUGUGGCGAUGGCCGUGGCUCUCAGCUCGUCAAGUGCCGUGACGAAGACGGAGGAGCAUCAUUCGUCGCCAAAAUCUAUGAUCCGCUAUACCACCUGUGGCCUAGUAAUCUUGAUCCUACCCACGAAGCAGACGAGCACUUCACAACCGAAGCCACGGUGUACAUGAUGCUGCAAGAUAUGCACAAAGCCAACACCUUUGGUUAUCCUCGAGUUCGAGACCACCUGAAAGGGUCAACACCGCAAUACUAUGGAAGUUAUACCUGGCAAACGCAACUACUAGACGGUCGACGUCGAGACGUGCGCCUGAUUCUAAUGGAGUAUCUUCCAUUCCCAAACAUGUGGGCCAUCAUCAAAAAGAACAAAGUUGAGAAUAUACCGGCCGAAAUUCGAAUGCAGCUCUUAAAGAGGGUCCUUGAGAUUGACAGCUGGCUCAUAUACUACGGCAUCGACCAGAAUGAUUUCGCGGCGCGCAAUAUCUUGGUAGACCCAGAUCAAGGUCGCGUUGUUUUUGUAGAUUUCGGCAUUGCAAUGAUUCGAAAUUUGUACAACUCCGAGUGGGCCACCCCCCGCGAUAAACCUCUACCGGCUCUCCCCAUAUCUCCCAUCGAGAGGUGGGGAUGUAAAUGGGGAGAUGAGAUGGGAAGCUGGGUGCCCAAGGAAUACCGCACCGCUCGGGCGCGAUACGACUGGUUUAUGAAAGUAUGGGGCCAAUCCAAGGAGUUCCGGCCCCUUGGCGUUAUAUGGUUGAAGCAUCAUAAACCAAAUCUGCAAAAAGCUAUAGCAAGGGAGGAAAUGGAGGAAUGA